AGCGAACCGCCCUUCUUCUCUUCAUUGGGCUUUUAACCUUUUCAGCUUCGUGACACGAUAUUCGUCACACUACGGCCGCGAGCAACAAUGGCAAAACGCAUUACCGGGCAAGAUUGCAUGAUCUCGGAAUGGAUCCUGUUAAUCUUCGCUUACAUCUUCGUUGCUCUACGCAUUUACACGCGUUUGUUCCGCUUACAUUCGCGCCUCGACUUGUCCGACUAUCUACUUAUUGCGUCGGCGCUGGUAGCUCUGGGUUUGAUAAUCUGUGACACGCUCACAUUCCGAAUGGGCGUCAUGGAUUCUAUCGAGUACAUGACAUCUGUGAAACUAUCAAAGAUCUCAUUCGCAUCAAACUACUUUUACGAUGUCGGGAUGGGCUUCCCCAAACUGAGUAUGCUCGCGUUUUACUGGGCGUUCUUCAAUCUGGCAGGUCAUCCUGGAUUGCGCAAGAUGCUGUUCGCUAUUACGGCAUUUGUGGUCGCGUGCUAUGUCACGAUCCUCUUUGACGACACCUUCUUCUGCGGUGUCCCUGUCUCCGAACAAUGGUCUCAAGAAGAUGGCGCAUGCUCUGUCUUCUAUGCACCAGAACCCUUCAUCCUCAACUUCACCCUCAACCUAGCGUGCUACCUUGUUGUUUACGCUGUCCCUGUUGUCCUUUUGGCCAAGGGAGUGCUAAGGUCCUCGACGGGCGUUGCUCUUACUUUCGGCUUGGGUGCUCUGACUAUUGCAUCGGGUAUCGUGCGUUUCGUCUGCCUUAAAGUUGGUACUGGACAGGCGAACCUCGUUUAUCCUCUGAGCAUGGUAGAGAUGGCGCUCUCUAUCAUCGUUGUCGCACUUCCUGGACUGAAGCCGCUUGUGCGGAAAGAGACAAAGUACUAGCUGACUGUUGGAAAAGGAAGAGGCAUUCGGAAAGAUGGAAUUUGGUUGUUGGAGGCGAUGCAAAAUAGAAUCAAAUAGAC